AUCGCAUAGCGAUUGAACGUAGGCGCUAGGUCUAUGGUGUUUGUGUACGUUACAAUGCUAGAUGUGCAGUUGUAUGCAGCGAUAGCGUCGACUGACUACAAAACCAAACGUGAAUUUACCGGAAAUAUCUACGAAAGGACCGUCUUUUUCUUCCCUGGAUUUCAAAUAUUGUGCACGAGGUCCCUCCAAUAAUGGAGGAGACUAAGAUUAUAUAUCAUAUAGAUGAUGAAGACACUCCAUAUCUCGUAAAAUUACCAAUCCCUGCCGCCGAUGUAACUCUUGGAGAUUUCAAGAAUGUCCUCAAUCGGCCGAACUACAAAUUCUUCUUCAAAUCGAUGGACGAUGAUUUUGGAGUUGUAAAAGAAGAAAUAGUUGAUGAUGACACCAAAUUACCUUGUUUUAAUGGCCGUGUUGUGUCAUGGCUGGUGCCAGCAGAGGGCAGCACCAAUGGGUCAGACACGGCAUCGGUCACAACAGACACGAGAGGAGACUCGCAGCUCCCACCAGAGAGGACAGGUGGUAUAGGAGACUCUAGACCACCUUCAUUUCAUUCGAGUGGAGGAGGGGUCCAAGAUAAAUUUGACGACACAGACACAUGUACAGAAUCAGAGCGAAGCUCAAGAAGAGGUCACCAUCGCAUGAGGAGAGACAAGUACAAUAACUUUUCAAGAAGCAAGAGGGACCAUCACCAUCGAAGCGGGCAUGGAUACGAGAGUUCGUCAACGUUGAUGAGCAGCGACAUUGACUCCACAAGCUGCUUUGAAUCAACAGAUGACGACAGCAGUAGAUUCAGUAGUGCCACAGAAAGGAGUAGCUUAGCCAGGCCGAUGAGGGGACCACCAAAGAACCGCAAGAAGAAGAGGAGAUCUAAGAUGCCACCAGUACACAGAGCAUCAUCUUUCAGUAGUAUAACAGACUCAACAAUGUCCCUCAACAUCAUUAAUGUCACAUUAAACUUAGAUAAAAUUAAUUUUCUUGGCAUCAGUAUUGUUGGUCAGAGUAAUAAAGGAGGAGACGGUGGCAUUUAUGUGGGCUCCAUAAUGAAAGGGGGCGCAGUAGCAGCAGACGGGAGGAUAGAACCCGGAGAUAUGAUCUUACAGGUCAACGAGGUCAGCUUUGAGAACAUGAGUAAUGAUGACGCAGUCAGAGUAUUAAGAGAAGCAGUACAUCAACCAGGUCCUAUCAAAUUAGUGGUAGCUAAAUGCUGGGACCCCUCACCGAAAGGAUACUUCACCAUUCCAAGAAGUGAGCCGGUAAGACCCAUCGACCCAGGUGCAUGGGUAGCACACACAAAUGCCAUGAAAGUUGCUGCAGAGUAUCAAGGAAGGGCGGGGCCUAUGAGUCCGUCAAUGACCUCUAUGACCUCUACAAGCUCUUCCAUCACCAGCUCACUACCAGAGUCAGAGAGGUUAGAAGACUUUGGACGCCUCACCCUCAACACGGACAUGACGACCAUUGCUAGGGCCAUGGCGGCUCCGGAUUCCGGCCUCGACAUUAGAGAUAGAAUGUGGCUCAAAAUCACCAUCUCAAGUGCUUUCAUAGGUUCUGAUGUAGUGGAAUGGUUGUUCACGCACGUCGAAGGGUUCCAGGACAGGAGAGAAGCGAGGAAGUACGCCUGCAAUCUCUUAAAAGCCGGCUUCAUCAGACACACCGUCAACAAGAUCACAUUCUCCGAGCAGUGCUACUAUGUCUUUGGUGACCUCUGCGGAAACAUGGCUUCGCUGUCCUUAGGAGACGAGGCAUCAGAGGCGGACAGGGACACGUUAGCACCCCUACCCCAGCAGGGCCAUUGGAUGCCCCCGCCCCUCCCCACUGCACCCCCAAUGCCUUAUCAGAUGCCCCCUGGGGUGCCGGGCUACACCAGCUUUGACACAGCUAGCUAUACAAGCUUCGGUGCCACCAGCAUUGGUAGUGGAAGCGGAGGAAGCAGUGAUUCUGGUCACAGCCAAGCCAAAGCCAUGGCGGCCAAAGGAGGGUCAGGCAGCAAGGGCAGUGGGUCAGAGUCAUCUGACCAAGCCUCGACCGUGGCCGGAGACAUCCCUCCUGCCCUCAUGGGCAGCAUGCAGGGCAUCGGUCCCCCCUCCGUCACCAACACCGGCAUGAUGGUGCCCGGCGGCGCACCCUGCGGUAGCCUCGGGAGCCUCGGUAGCCACGGUGCCCUGUCCAACCACGGCAUCGGUCCCCCUUCCAUGGGAGGGGUCCAGCACCAAGUCAUCGGCUUCGGUCCCCCUCCCGGUGUCCCCCACCAGCUGCAGCACGUGAUCGGGCCCCCACCGCACCAGACCCAGGGGAUCGGCCCCGCCCAGGGCAUCGGUCCCCCUAGCCAGGGGGUGCCCCAGAUGAUGGUACCAAUGAUGCCUCGACAACUCGGUAGCGUGCCUGAGGAUCUCUCCGGCAGCAGACAGUCAUUCCGCAUGGCCAUGGGAAACCCUUAUUUUGAUGAUUCAGUCAGCGUCACACUUUUGUGAAGUGCGGAAAUUUUGAAAUCAUUUUGAUUAGCCUAGGACGCUAAAGUCUUGCGAAUUUAAAGAAGCUGCCCCCGCCGCCGGCGCCGCGAGCAAGCCGGAAUCAUGGUGCACCUCAAGCUCAUCGCUCCCUCCCCGCCUUCGGCCCCCCGCAACUCUCCCACGAAGCACACGGGUCUGUAAAGCACAACUGUCAAAAUGUUGAAAGGGAGAAAAAGUCGAGAAAGGAACGCUUUCUGCUCGAACAUGAUUUUGUUGUUGUUUCUGACUUGAUUGAAAUUUGUUGAUUUUGAGUUGGUUCAAUGUUGGACUUUUGUAUUAGAUGUCAACCUGCUGCUUUUGGGGCAGAUUGUUUUUGUUUUAAUUGAAAGAGUUUUGUUAUGCAAGCAUGGCUUUGCCAUUUGCUUGGUUUCACCAGGCCAUUGUUAUAUUUUGUGAUUCACAACUAUUUUUCCUGUUUUUCCUCUUGUUUUAUUCAACUCAUUGUUAUCACUUAUGUGCUGUAUUUUGGAUGUUUUUCAUUGUUCCAACCUUAGCUUUAUUUUCAGUUA